AUGGUCUUAGGUGGUGUUGAGAUGAAGAAGAGUCUGUUUUGCCGCACCUUUUUCUAUGAAAUCCUGGAAGCUCUCGGCUACGACUCCGUAACGAAGGAUAUUCCAGUCAGGAUAUAUUUGAAGAAUAUGAAUUUAAAAAAUAAAUAUGAGACUCCAGUGAGGAUACACUUGAAGAAUGUAUAUGCUACUCUCACCCUUGCUACCAUAGCAGCCUCUGUUGGUGGCUAUGCCCACAUGUUCAGCACAUUUAUUAGUUCUGGAUUCAUGACUUUUCUGAGUGCCAUUUGGGUAUUAAUAUUACUCAUAUUUACACCCUAUGAUGGCAAAAACCAGCUGCAGAGACUUUCUCUCCUUGGUAUCUUUGCCUUCUUGACUGGCUGUAACCUUGGCCCAUUUUUGAAUCUGGCUGUGACUAUCAACCCUGCAUUGGUUUUGCAAGCUCUGCUCGGCGCAAGUGUGAUAUUUGCUUGCUUCUCCCUAUCAGCUCUCUAUGCUCCUGAUGGUCAUUACCUCUAUCUUAGAGGUACACUGAUGUCGGUAUUGUUAACCCUCAUUUGGGUUUCGAUAUAUAAUAUCUUCUUUGGCUCUCAACUCCUUUUUAAGGUAAGUCUAAUAAUGGAGAUUGCAAAUUUGUACAUUGGUCUAGCAGUCAUGUGUGGCUUUAUAGUCUAUGACACUCAGUUCAUUGUUGAGAGAGCACGCCGAGGAGAUAUGGACUAUGUGAUGCACAGUUUGAAUCUAUUCGUUGACUUUGUUGGAGUAUUUUGGCGCCUUCUCAUGAUCCUUACAAAUAAGGUGAAGCAUUUAUUUGAAGAUCUACUUUACUGUCAUUUUUACUGUUAA